GACCGUAGAGUUUAGUAGUUCGUGUCAUGCGUUUGUACGGUAUUGUGUUGCGUUUUCUGUGUACUAUGUAAGUGAUUUGAUGGUGGAGACAGGAAAUCACGGAAAGACACAUAUUGAGUGUGUGGCUUAGGAGGGCAAUCAUGGACUGCAAGGGAACUAGUUGGGUGAAAAAAGAGAAGAGUGAAAUAUAUGCUGAACCAGAAUCCUUGUUUCUUGAAGGUCCGCUAAAGAUUUUAAUGCCUAGUCUCCAUAUAAAGCAAGACCUAGAACUGAAACAGGAGGAUGGCAUUGAGCGUGAUUGUCUUGAAGAUAACUUGGGAAUCUCUCAUCCAAAUGAUUUUAUCAAGGAGGAUCCUGAACUAAAUUUGGAGGUGGCAGCCUCAAUAAGAAAAGCAUCUGAUAGUUUAAGUUUUAUUCAAAGUGCUGGUGACAGCUGUGACAUUUCAUAUCAAGAAACAUCACAUCAAGGAGUAGUCAAUGACAAGCUGGAGAUAUAUGCAGAGAAGUCAACAGAUUUCAGUGUGUCUCACAACUAUACCAAAAUACAGACUUCUCAAGAAGACGGCUUAUGUGGCACAAGAUUAAGUUGUAGCAUCAGGGAAAAGGAAUUCCAUAAGUUUAACUGUAGUUUCUGCCUACAGAGCUUCCCUUCAAAAUACAGACUCAUAAUGCAUGUCUUCAUCCACAUUGACGGUGUGCAGGCACCUUCAUAUGUGUGUAAGUCAUGUGGUGAGGUAUUUCCCACUGAUGACUGCUUUAAAGAACAUUUGAGAAUGAGGGAGGGUGACCAAGCGUUAUCUGCUACCAGCAGCGAGAAACUUGAAUGCAGUGAUGAUCAUGAAAACAGUAUCUCCUUUGAGUGUGUACAAGACGGAAUCGUGGAACAGACUGAGGAGCCCUCUCCAUACAAGGUACCCAGGAAAACUUUUAAAAAAUCGUUUAAUGACAUAUGUAAUACACAUACUGUGAAAGAAACUGAAGAGAAACUCGAAAGAUGUAAUGACUGUGGAAUUUUAUCUACAAGUGACCAUGUUCAUGUCCACACUGUGCUAAGUGUAACGAGACAUCACAAAUGUGAUGUUUGUGGUAAAACGUUUCCUUUGUUAUGCAAUCUUCAGAGACACAGAUUAAUACACACUGGAGAGAGACCCCACGGAUGCGAUGUUUGUGGAAAAUCGUUUACUGAAAGGGGCAAUCUGAAGCAACAUGAAUUAAUACACACUGGACAGAGACCACACAAAUGCGAUAUCUGUGGAAAAUCAUUUACUCAGUCGGCCCAUCUGAAGACCCACAGUUUAAUACACACAGGAAAGAGACCACACACAUGCGAUGUCUGUGGAAAACCAUUUACUCAGUCGGGCCAUCUCAAGACCCACAUUUUAAUACACACAGGAAAGAGACCACACAAAUGCGAUGUGUGUGCAAAAUCGUUUACUGAAAGGGGCAAUCUGAAGAAACAUGAAUUAAUACACAGUGGACGGAGACCACACAAAUGCGAUGUCUGUGGAAAAUCAUUUACUCAGUUGGGCAAUCUCAAGACCCAUAUUUUAAUACACACAGGAAAGAGACCACAGAAAUGCGGCCAGAAGGCACAACAAAUGUGGCGUAACAUUAGGGACUAUUAUCGGAGAUAUGUAAGGAAAGUGAAGAAAUGUGGUUCAGAAGCAGUAAGAAUAUUAAAAUACGUGUACGCUGACCAGCUGGGGUUCUUGGCACCUGUUUUAGAAACAAGAGAUUCAGUUUCAAGUCUACAGGAAGACGAAAUUCAGCAUUUGGAACAUCCUUUGGAAUUUUCCCUGGCAGAAGACGACACCGGCAAUCCAGUAACAUCAGUUGACGCCUCAACACCUGAGCAGAUUUCAGUAGGCUCAUCAGUUCCACAAAAGAAAACGAAGGUGAGAAGAGUGACAACAGAUCUUGAAGCUACAUUAUGCUAA